AGAGAGAAAUAUGUAAUGCAAGCUGAUGUCACUGAAAAGGAGCCACCCACUCUCCACGGUUACUUAGUGAUCCCAUCACGCAGCCGUGGGGCGACUGGUUUCAGAAGAGAGUGGGAGCGCGAACAUUCUGACCUGCCAGGACUUUUCAGCAACAUGACCAUGGAAUAUGCCAAAAGGUCGCUCUCUCUGCUGACCCCGACCUCUCUAUCCAGAUGUGUGUCUGCGAGUGUGGCCGCCAGUGCCUCCAUGACCCAGCAGUUGCUGACAGGCUUGAGUCCACGCCAGAGGCCAUUUCGAGUGGCCAACGCCGACCGCACCGUCAAGAAGGGCAUCAUGGCAGACAGUCUGCGGGACCUGCUGGACAAGGUGAUGGAUGGACUGCAUGUGUCCUGCGUGGGUGCUCUGGUGCUUGAUGAAGAUGGCACAGGGGUAGACACAGAGGACUUCUUUCAGACGCUGAGGGACAACACCGUCCUUGUAGUCUUGGAGAAAGGACAGAAAUGGACUCCUCCAGCGCAGACCACUUCAGUCAAGGCGCAGCAUGUGAGCCGAAGCCCUGGUUGUCGGAAAGAUGUGGCCAAGUUGACCUUUGAUCUGUACAAGAACCACCCUAAGGAAUUCAUUGGCUGCCUGAAUGUGAAGGCUACACUGUAUGGAGUUUACACUUUGUCUUACAACCUUCGCUGCUAUGAGGCUAAGAGGAUACUGAAGGAGGCCUUGCGAUGGACCUUGCUUACCAUGCAAACCACUGGCCAUGUCCUGCUGGGCACCUCCUGCUACAUGCAGGCCCUUCUGGACGAAGAGGAGGAUCAGGAACAGCAGGCGAAGGCACAGCUGAAGGCACCGGAGAAAUGCCACGUGCCUGGCUAUCUCUGGGGGUAGAGCUAUAGCUGUGUUUAAGCAAGGCGUCUGCUCCCCUGGCGAGCAAACACUUGAAAGGGCUUAUGAAGAACAGGGACUAGGAGUGGGGGAGAGAGGGGUGGGAGAUUGGUACUGUACGUGACACAUAAAGAUGAUCCCGGCAUCCCCUCCUCAAUGUAUUGGACACUAUAUGCAGUAAUCUACACAUUCUUUUGUUUCGUGCUGCUGCUGCUGCUUGCAUUUGUGUGGAUUCAUUGCACAGGUAUCUUAAAGGUUGUUGCAUCUGCCUCAUAGUAUGUAUUGUAUUGUAGUGUAUUUUCCACUGCCUGUGUUACUGAAAUAUUUUCUUCAGUCAUACUAACCGCGUAUUUAUAAUGAUUGUAUUUGUACGAUAGCUAAACUUGUAUAAAAUGUGU